GCCACGCGCAUGCGCCGCCCCGCCCGGCCUCUACCACCGAGGAAAGGGGUAACCGGCGCGGGGGUUCCCAGCGCCAGCCUGCGCCAAUCCCCAGAAACUCCGUGAAUCACCUCGGGAUAGUAAACGGAUUAUACAAAGGCAGUGUCUUCUGGGGUCCUUUUCAUGCCUCUAGGACCAGGACCUGCACUCACCCUCCCCACUGACACAUUGGUCUGGGCCCCCGGCCCGGCUGUCACCAUGGAAACGGCAUCUCGCGGACAACGCGGCGGCUCGCGAAGGUUCCAUUGUUAAGCGAAACGGGAAAGUGGAGACCGCGCCGGCGUUGCCUAGAGAACGCCUGGACUCAGAGUAGCAAAAUGGGCCUCUCUCCAACUCCCCUCCUCCCCCAGCACAAGGCAAAGGGCACCCCUUGCUGUGAGUUUGGGGGCACCGGCUGUCGGGGGCCGACCCAGAACUUUGCGGGGUCCCCUGAGGGACCCGUGGCGGGACCGGCCCCGGGUUCGUCAAAUUCCGCCGAUGCUUUCAGGAGGCUGAUUAAACAAAGGACAAGAUUGGAGUGGGAAAUGAGAGGCUCUUAAAAGUGGAAGCUUUUUGUUUGUCCAUUUACAAGAAAUUGGACAAUGAAUCACUUCAGGAAGAUGGAGGUCAUCAACCUCACCACCCUACCUGUGAUACCAGUGGAUGAGCACCUGGCUGUCUCGCUUGUCGCACGGAAUACAAUGGUGAAGACUGUGAGGAAGGAGUUAGAGAACAGUCCACCCUCAUGCCUUAUUGGCUCCAUGCACCAGGUGAACCAAAAGAUUGCUGACAUAAAUCUGCGUACCGAGCCGUCGGCCAACAGCCUGGCAUUUGAGAGUUUUGAGUUGGAGAAGAAGGCUUUAAGAGAGAAAACUCGCAGCAGUCCAGAAGACAAAGUCAAGAGACAAAGGAAAUCUCAGUAUUCCUGCAAAGGCUCCGAACUCAGACAUGCCAGAUCUUCUGUUAUAAAAAGGAAAACAGCAGAUAAAAAUCUGCUGGCAGAGCUGUACCAGUAUUCCAACUUUAACAGCUCCAAGCCAAACAAGCUUCCGAAUGGCGUGGACUUCUGUGACAUGGUGGGCAACGUGGUCCGGGCUGAGAGAGACUGCCUUAGUGGCAAGCAUUUCUGUUCAGGUAGAGAAUUAGAGAAGUUUCUCUCUUCUCCUUCUCCAAGAGCCAUCUGGCUGGAUAGCUUUUGGUGGAUAUUUCAUGAGAGGUACCAGCCAAACAAGGAGCUCCAGAAUAAUCUGUUUGACCGGAUAGCCCAGCACUAUGCCUUACUUUUGUUUCGUGUACCCAAGUCCCACUAUGAAGAGGCGCUCUUAAAAAGGCUGCCAUCACUUCUGAGCAAAGCCGUGUACACCAGCUUCUGUUGCUGCUUUCCACAGUCCUGGUUCAACACGCACGAAUUCAAGUCUGACAUCUGUAACACAAUGAGCCUGUGGAUUUCAGGCACCUAUCCUAGCCCACAGAGCUAUGACAGCUGGGACUACUCGGAACUAGACCCAGAGCGAUUCCGCAGAGAAGAAUUAAUGUUAUACAGAAGAAGACUGACAAAGGGGAGAGAGUUUUCUUUGUUUGCUGGUAAGAGAGCCUUCUCCCAGAAGCCAGCCCAGAGCAGGAAAUUCUACCACCCUCAGUCGUCUAGUGCAAAUUCACCCAGUGAAAAAACCUCUUCAGCCAAGCAGAACUCAGAAAAAAGCUUACGAAUGCAGAAUACUGCAAAAGAGCAUCAUUGUCAGACCCUGGUCUUGAAGAAACCUACACAAGAAGUCAAGAGGAUAUCAGAAGCAAGAGAAUGUGAGAAUAUGUUUCCUAAAAAGUCGUGUGCUGCCUGCAAAAGCCCUGAGCUGACUUCAAACCUCUUCAACAUUUAUGGGAAGAGCCCUCUGAUUGUGUACUUUCUCCAGAAAUAUGCCAGUCUGCAGCAGCACGGCAAGAAUGUGUUGAUAGUCAGAAGGGAAAAGACCACGAGCACCCCUGACUGCACCCCAGCGUAUACUGAUGUCAUCAGCGAGACCCUGUGCAGCAUGAAGAAGCGGAAAGACAACCUCAAUCAGUUGUACCAGCGUCACUGGACUGAAUGGAAUUAUUUUGACAAGCAUCUAAAGGAGCUGCAAGACAACUUCUCCAGGGAAAUGAAGAAUAUUGAUCAAAAAGCAGCAGAUACAAAAAAGGCAAACCACAUGUUCAUCCCACCUUCAGCCGUCAAUGAGGAAUCACCUGACAAGAAAACUAAGGGAAGUCUCCAAAGAGAAAUUGAGUUUAAGGAGGGGAAAGGAGGAGAGGGAAAGAGAAGAGAAACAGAAGUUGAACAUUUCUUUCUACUCACUUCCAAGCCCUGAGGAGCUCCACAACCUAGAACCAGGAAGCGCCUACAGAAUCCGUGAUAUUUCUGCUACGAGGUGGAGUGGAACAACAAGAAAAUAAGAAAAUUGUGGCCAAAGACAGAAAUAGGAAUCAUGAUUUCUCCAUA